AUUGCCAGGACAAGUCCCAUCCUUCCAAACGGAAACCCAAAUCAAACGAAGCGCAGGCGCGGAGGGACCUUUCCUGGCGUUAGCAUUUUCCAACGGCAAUAAUUGUACAAUCAUUAUUGCUUCAGAAAUUGAAAUCUCCGGGAGUGGAAAGAGAGCGAGAGAGAAAUGGUUGAAAGUCCUAUUCUUUUGAAUCAAAUUUGAUAAAGAAAGAGGAAAAACUUAAACCCUGGAUUGUCUUUUUGUUGAUUAAUCUUCUCUCUCGCUCGAAUUUAUAGCUCAGGAUCUUUAAUUUGUUGGUGGUUGUCAUCCUGUUGGUAUUUCUAUUGAUUAAUUUCGGGAGAUAAUUUAUCUUGAUUUCUCGGUUUGAGUUGGAGGGAAAUCUUUUAAAAAAUGGGUAGCAAGAGAGAAGAGGAGAGAAACGAAAAGAUUAUACGGGGUCUGAUGAAGCUUCCUCCCAAUCGCCGAUGCAUUAACUGCAACACCUUGGGUCCUCAAUAUGUGUGCACAACUUUUUGGACGUUUGUUUGUAUGACAUGCAGUGGAAUACAUCGUGAGUUUACGCAUCGUGUUAAGUCUGUUUCCAUGUCUAAGUUCACUUCUCAAGAAGUGGAUGCACUUCAGAAAGGUGGAAAUCAGCGUGCAAGGGAGUUAUUUUUGAAGGCUUGGGACCCACACAAGCUGCGACUUACAGAUAAUAGUAAUGCUGAUAAGGUUCGUGAGUUUAUAAAGGAUGUUUAUGUGAAGAAAAGAUAUGCUGUUGAGAAGCCAUCUGAUAGGCCUCCAAAAGAUCCACAGGGAUUAAGAAGUUAUGAAGACGAGACAAGGCGAGCAAACUCAUACCAUUCUUACUCUCAGAGUCCGCCCUACGAUUUUCAGUAUGAAGAACGGCGUUAUGGGAAACAUGCAGUUUGUCUUACCAGAAAGCCUGGUUCAGACCGAGGCCUUUAUGGGGCAAAACUCUCUAGUUUCUCGAGUCCUAGUCGGUUUAGUGAUCAUGCAAAUGAUGAAGGGUUUGCAAAUGAGGGAUCUCAUCCCAGAGUUUUAGAGUAUUCUGCUUCUAGUGGAAGUGAUCCUUUCAGAUGCGGUGCACUAUCAGCGGGCUCUCAGAGAGAUAUUGGAAGUCCCUUUAGUGAAACUUCAAGUAACUUUUCGAACAAAAUUACAGGGCAUCAUACAGUUCUACAUAAUUCAGAUGCAAUUAGUGGAAGCAAAAGAAGGCAUUCGCAGGUCAUGUCUCUAUCCCUCCAAUUUCUGAGAACUGCAUCUGCAGGAAGCAGUGGAUCAUUUGAUUCCUUGUCCCUCAAAUCAGUAAAUUAUACAGGCUUGCAGAAUGGUAGCUCUGAACCUGAAAAAUCUGUAGAGACGUUUCAUGACCAAACUUCAUCUUUUCCUUCUAUGCCACAAUCUUCAACUUCCACUACAUUCAGUGGCUUGGACCUCUUCAAUGAACCUGUUGCACCAAAGAAUGUUUCGUCUGCGCCUGUGACUGUUUACAAUUCUCAAUUGUCAGGGUCAUCAUUAGCUCAAUCUGUUGAUUUGUUCCAGCAAUCUCCUAUUUCGUCAGUUCCAACAUUGAGUGUGCAACAACCAUUCCAAACCCUACAACCUUCACCAUUGGACAUCAAUGUGUCUCAGCAACAAUCGGUUGCUUCUUCCAACAGGAAGACUUCUGAUGUCAUAGCACCAAACAACGGUGUGUGGGUGACAUUCGACGCACCUCAGAACUUGGUGCCUAUGGGUACUGAAAAUUCUAUUCCCGCUGCAGUGCCAUCUUCUGGUGGAAAUAAUCUAGGAGACUUUAGCCCAUUUUCUCUUGAUCGGAGUUCUUCCAGUCAAAAUGCUGCAUCGGAACAUACACUUUUGCAUGAAGGCAUUCAAAUUGUUAAACCCACCACAAAUAACACUCAGUUAUGGAUAACAUUUGAAGAUUCUCCUGAGCUGCAGCAAAUGCAGAACAUGCUUAAAACUAGAGAUCAAAAAGUGGUGCUCCGUGCCGCAGAUGCUAAUAAACCUCUUGGCUUUGGUGUAUAUGAGGCUCUGGAUAAUGGUGGAAAUGUAAGAAUUCCAGAUGAGGUCGAACCUCUAUCUAGCUUAUCUUCACAUUUCAAUAUGGUGUUGCAUGAUGUCCCUGUGGGGGUGGCUGGAUUAAGUUCAGUUGCAGCUGAUUGUAAGCCAACCAAUCCAUUUGAUCUUUCCUAUGAUGCUGACUUGGAAUCUAGCUAUAUGACUCCAUUCAGGGACAUGAGCUCAUUGCAAGCAGCUUUGCCAAAUAACCAGAUGAUGGCUCCCUAUGACUACGUCGGUGAGACAAACUGGUUUCCCCAAAAUUCUGUUCCAUCAUAUGUUCCUGGUGGAGCUCCAUUUGAUGCUCCAGUAUGGUCGGGCAAGUGCCGAGCAACCAAAUGCUGAGCGUCGCUGCUCAAAGCCCUGUUGCAUCUAUUGGAGGAAAUCCUUUUGCAUAGCACUUCACCUCUUUGUUUCCAAUUAGCAGUAUCAUAUCAUUGGAAGCUUUCUGGCCUUUUGCAUCAAGCUUUUUCCUCAUCAUAGAGGGCAAAAAUGCUAAUAUUCUCUGAUUUCCAUUAUCAAGUUUUGUAUUCUUUGCAAAAUAAGAUUAGAGCCCUUGAAGAAUUCGUGUCUAGUUUUUGACUCAGAUCUUUGGACACUGGCUUAUUCUAGAUCAAAUAAGGGCCUUCCUUGGUAGCCUAUUCACAUAGCAUAAUGUAAAUUUUGCUGCAGCUGAAACUGGGUCAAGGUUGUAUAUUUGUAAGAGAUUUCGUCCCUCUGUUGACUAUAAUGUUAUGGAUGUUGUUAAUGCAUGUAAUUUCUGGUUA